AUGGUUAGGUAUGCACGAGAACCAGCAAAGGACAACAACAGCUCCAAGGCGCAUGGCAGGGAUCUGAGAUGCCACUUCAAGACAUCCCGAGAGACCGCGAUGGCAAUCCGAGGACUGGAGCUGAAUCGAGCCAAGAAGUACCUUGAAGACGUCAUUGCGCACAAGGAUAUUGUCCCGUUCAGAAGGUUCACUACUGGACCUGGUCAUCAUGCUCAGUGUAAAAACCACAACUGGGCCAUUGGACGAUGGCCGGAGAAGUCUUGCAGAUUCAUUCUGAAGUUGCUACAGAAUGCAGAGGCCAAUGCUGAGUCUAAGGGUCUGGAUUCCGAGAAUCUGUAUGUUACCCACAUCCAGGUGAACAGGGCUCCCAAGAUCCGAAGGAGGACCUACAGAGCACACGGUCGAAUCAAUCCCUACAUGGCCAGCCCAUGUCACAUUGAACUGUUCCUGGAACAGAAGGAGAAGGACAGCAUGAAACUGAACGAGAAGAAGAAGACGUCUGCCAAAUGA